AUGAUGGAUUUUACACCUGGUUUUGAUAGCAGAACUCUAUUUUUGAACUAAUGGAGCAUUAUAUCUGGAGAAUAUGAUUCGACAUAAUAAAAGGCUGAUUAUUAUUGUAAGACUUCAACUUCAACAACUGCUUGCGUUCUCUCACCCUAUUAUGGAAUUUAUCCAUAAGGAUUCUAGGUUACUGCUUCGGCUUAGGAACAACCUUAUUAAUUUACUUAUGCGGAUAUUCUUUAUUUUACAACUGCUAGUGAUUUAGUUGAUUUUAAUAUGGUUGAUUAGACAAAUAAUGUCGCUACAUAACUUUUAGGAAGUAUGGGUGAUAAAUAAAAUUAGUAAUGUGCAUAUUAAAUCAGUUGCAGUAAAAAUGCUACAUUGAAUGAUGUAGUUAAAUUUUCUUUGUCUUACAAUAACCAAUUUAUAAGUAAAAAUCCUGUAACAUCAUUUACGUAUCACAGAAAUCCUAUUAAUGGAGAUUGGUUUGGGUUGUUGAAAAUUGUGAUUUGGUCUAACUGUGUUGAAAAUUGCUUAACCUGUGAAGAUGCUAAUAACUGUAAGGUGUGCAUGAAAGGAUUCAAUCGAUACACUCUUUUAAACGGAGACAAAGUAUGUGAAGAAACUAGUGGUUGUAAAACUACUAACUGUUUUUCAUGUAUAAAAAAUUCUGUCUUAAGUAUAAAUAAAUGUGUUAAAUGUAAUCCUGGUUACAAUUUAAAUCCUAAUGGCAAUUGUGAUGCUUAAAGUAACUGUUCAUCUAGUUAAUAUUAUUCUAGAGAUGUUAAAGCUUGUGUUGAUUACCAAUCAAUUUGCUUGAUGCAAGUUAGCAGCAAGUAUAAUUAAUGGCAAGCAUGUACUUAGCCAGUUAGCACAUCAAUCAUCAAAUGUCCAAAAGAAAAAACUAUAUUAAUAUACGAAUUAAAAAAUUAUCAAGUAUUAACAUGUGACUGUAAAGUUGAUUAUUGUGAUGUUUGCUAGAAUGCUUAAACUUGUGAUAUAUGUAAGAGUGGUUAUUAAUUUAAUUCAAAAAAAACUUUAUGUAUUUUCAAUUAAUGUCCUAAAGGAUUAAUUAAAGAUCCUAAUUCUGGUCUUUGUGUUUCUAAUUGCCCAGGAACUAAUUGUUUGACUUGUAAUAGCUCUAAUUGUCUUGAAUGCCUUAGUGAUGGAAAUUAUUAUAUUGAUUUUAAAAAUCCGUAAAAUUGUGUUGUCUGUACGAUUCCUAAUUGCUAUAAUUGCUCAAAUGAUGGAAAAUGCUUAUUAUGUGUUCCUGGUUAUGCUUUAAGUACUGACAAAUUAUCUUGCACAUGUAAUGUUUAAAAUUGCAUAUUUUGCUAACAUAAUUCAUCUACUCUUUGUGGCUAAUGUGCACCAAAUUACUUAAAAAGUGAAGAUAGUACCAAAUGCUCAUGUUAUGUAGAUGGCUGUACGAAGUGCCAGGAAAAUGAUGGAUCAAAAUGUUUGACUUGUGCUAGUAAUUAUAUUUAAAAGAACGAUCUAUGUUAAUGUCAAGUCAAUAAUUGCAAAAUAUGCAGCUCAAAAGAUGGACUUUAAUGCUUAGUAUGUAAUGAAGGGCUAACUUAAAACCCAUCAAAUAAUAUAUGUUAUUGCCCUAUAAAGAAUUGUAUUUCUUGUAGUAAUUAUACAGGUUCUGAUGGCUUAAACUGCAUCUGUAAUCAUCUAAAUUGCUAAAUUUGUGAUCCUAAUGAUGGUAGUAUAUGUCUAUAAUGUAAUUUAGGCUAUGCUGUUGAUUCUGAUACAAAAUAAUGUAAGAGCACACUUAAAAAUUGCUUAAAAAAUUAGAUAGGUAGUGCUAAUUAAUGUUAAAUUUGUCAAAAUAAUUAUUUACUUGAUAGUUCUCAAUAAUGCUAGUGUCAAGUUGAUAAUUGCUAAAUUUGUUCACUUAAUGAUGGUAAAAUUUGUGAUGUCUGUAAAAGUGGAUACAAUAAGAUUUUAAAUAGUUAAUGCUUAAUCUCUUUACUAAAUUGCUUAACAUUAAACGCUAGUGAUAUUACUAAAUGUUAAGUUUGCUAAAAAAAUUAUCAGUUAGAUACCUCAUUCUAAUGUUAAUGUCAAGCUCAAAAUUGUAAAUCGUGUUCUUCUUCUGAUGGAAAUAUCUGCUUAUAGUGUAGCUCAGGUUAUGUUUUAGAUAUAAUUACAAAUGAAUGUAAAAGUACAAUUUAAAACUGCUUACAAAAUAACCCUAGCAAUUUAAGUUAAUGCUAAAGUUGUUAGAUAAAUUAUAAACUUGAUAGUUCUUAUCAAUGCCAAUGCUAAGUAUAAAAUUGCUCAAUAUGCUCUCCAAAUGAUGGUAAUAUAUGCAACAAAUGCACUAAUAACUAUUUAUUGAGUUCAAAUAAUUAAAACUGUAGCUGUAUUUCUUAAAAUUGUUAAAUAUGUGAUUUGCUUGAUGGUUAGCUAUGUUAAAAAUGUAAUUCUGGAUACAUUCUAGACCCUACGACUAAAAAUUGCUUUAAAUAAAUAUAAAACUGUCAAAUUUAUUAUCCUCUCAAUUAUUCAAAUUGUUAAUAGUGUAUAAAUAAUUUUACAUUAGACUCGACUACAAAAUAAUGCCAAUGUAGUGUAUAAAAUUGUUAAAUAUGCUCUCCAAAUGAUGGAAAAAUAUGCAACAAAUGCACUAAUAACUAUUUAUUGAGCUCAAAUAAUUAAGACUGUAGCUGUAUUUCUUUAAAUUGUUAAAUAUGUGAUUUGCUUGAUGGUUAGCUAUGUUAAAAAUGUAAUUCUGGAUACAUUCUAGAUCCUACUACUAAAAAGUGCUUCAAAUAAAUAUAAAACUGUCAAACUUAUAAUCCUCUAGACUACUCAAAUUGUUAAUAGUGUCUUAAUAAUUUUACAUUAGACUCGACUACAAAAUAAUGCCAAUGUAGUGUAUAAAAUUGUUAAAUAUGCUCUCCAAAUGAUGGAAAAAUAUGCAACAAAUGCACUAAUAACUAUUUAUUGAGCUCAAAUAAUUAAGACUGUAGCUGUAAAUCUUAAAAUUGUUAAAUAUGUGAUUAACUUGAUGGCUAACUAUGUUAAAAAUGUAAUUCUGGAUACAUUCUAGACCCUACUACUAAAAAUUGCUUUAAAUAAAUAUAAAACUGCCAAACUUAUAAUCCUCUUGACUAUUCAAAUUGUUAAUAGUGUAUACAUAAUUUUACAUUAGACUCGACUACAUAAUAAUGCUUAUGCAGUGUAUAAAAUUGUUAAGUAUGCUCUCCAAAUGAUGGUAAUAUAUGCAACAAAUGCAUUAAUAACUAUAUAUAAAGCUCAAAUAAUUAAGACUGUAGCUGUAAAUCUUAAAAUUGUUAAAUAUGUGAUUAACUUGAUGGCUAACUAUGUUAAAAAUGUAAUUCUGGAUACAUUCUAGAUCCUACUACUAAAAAGUGCUUCAAAUAAAUAUAAAACUGUCAAACUUAUAAUCCUCUCGACUAUUCAAAUUGUUAAUAGUGUAUAAAUAAUUUUAUUUUAGACUAAACUACAAAUCAAUGUUUAUGCAGUGUACAAAAUUGUUAAAUUUGCUCUGCAAAUGGAUAGAUAUGUAAAACAUGUAUUAAAAAUUACAUGGGUCCAUAAUGCUUAUGCUAAGUAUAAAAUUGUAGCAUAUGCUCUAAAUAAGAUGGUAAUGUUUGUGAAACUUGUAAUUAAGGAUUUUAAUGGAAUAAUUUAACAAAAAAAUGUGAUGCAAUACCAAAAUGCUUAGUUUAAAAUUGUGAUUAAUGCUAAUUAAAUAAUUCUAACUCAUGUUCUUAAUGCUCAGAUGGAUAUUCAAUCAUAAUUAAUUCCUAGAAAAAUACCAAUCCAAUCAAUAUAUGUUAAAAAAUAAAUGCUUGUAUAAUUGAGGGAUGUUAAACAUGCUCUCAAACUGAUAAUAAUGUAUGUUUAAAAUGGAAACUAUGUCAAUCAAUUGAUUCAAAUGAUUUUUAUGUUAUUUAUAAAGCUACUGAUACUGGAUAUAAUGUAACCAUUUCUUUUUAAGAAAAUUUAGUUAACUUCAAUAUAACUAACUAUGAGAAAAUAUUAAGGAUAGAAAUAACUGGAAUUUAAAAUUAUACUUAUCAAGUGACAAAUGUGUUAAGCAAUAAAAUAUAUCUCAGCAUUAAAGUUGAUUAAAACUGUAAAAAUUAAAAACUAGAAGUGAAAUUACAUGACCCUAAUUUUGUUUAAAUAAAUAAUAUUUAAAACAGUUUCAAGGAAGUUUAAUUAAGUAGCUAUGUAAUUUUAAACUAAAAUUAAUAAGAGUAAGCAUAGGCAGCAAAGAGUGCUAGUCAAAGCAUGUAAACUACAUUACUAUAUUCGAUGCUAUCAAUAGCAAUGAUUGGAAACUUUUAUGUGCUUUUUAACACUAUCGAUCUUACCACUUUUAUAUAUUUUUUGAUGUUUGUAAAUGUCAGAUAUCCUUCUAAUGUAACUGCAUUUUGCUCUAUUUUUCAAAAUUUCUAAAUGGCUUUCAUCCCUAAUGUCUUUUAAGCAUAUCUUACUGAUCCGGACUACAUUUAGCCCUACACUCCAGGCAAAUUUAUGGAUUAUGGAAACGAUGCAUACCUUUUAAAUAGCUCGGGCUAGAGUUAUACAAUAGUUUUUGGCAUUUUAGCAAUUUACAUAUUUAUAAAAUUACUCAGCUUUAUAAAAAUACCUGGAUUUUAGUUGUAUCUAUAAAAGAAAAUUGAAAGCGGUUGGGAAUAUAAUGCUUUCUUUGAUCUUAUCUGGACUGUCUAUAUGUAUGUAGUCGUAGGAGUUUUCUUGCAAUUUUACAAAUUUGAGUUCACAGAGUCUCUAUCUUUCUUAAAUUAUACCCUUUUCUCUAUGUCUUUUAUAGCAAUGUUUUUCAUCCCAAUAAUGAUUGCAAUAUUUAUUUCUAAGGCACCUAACUUAAAUGACCCAAGAAUUCAAAAGUAAUUUUCAUCUAUAGUAGGAGGAUUAAAAGUUGGUGGUGACUCGGAAGAGAAAUAGCAAAUAUUACCAUCAAUAAAAAACAAGAUUGGUUCUUAAUGUAAUAUAAAUUAAGAUUAAAUUGACAAAAAGUCUAAUUAUUCUGAAAUAGUCAGUUCUUUAAAAUUUGAAAACAUAAGAAAUGGCUUGAGUGAAGUUUUUUUAAUAGUGAUGCAAAUAUGUGCUGGAAUCCUUGUGGAUGAUAAGUAGGAUCAAGAUGAACAAGAAAGAAUAAACAUUGGCUGGGUGUUAAUUGGAAGUGCCUCUUUUAUUUUACUAAUGCAUAUAUUUACUGUUGUCAUUGAUCUUUUUAGAUUUAUUUUUAAUCUAUUGAAACUAAUUUAUCUCCUGAAAAUCGAAAAGGGAAAAUAAAUACUUUCAAACACUAAGGAGAUUCUAAUGAAAAAUAUAUUUCUCAAACAUAAUUUAUGA